AUGUCGCGUGCGUCGUCGGUCACCGCAGUUGCUUCCUCCUCCCUUCAUCUCCACUAUCCUCACCAUCAAGGUGAUCGAUCUGUCUCUGAAGAAAUUGAUGCUUUAUGGCAUAUGAGCAUGAGAUCAAGGGAACAAAUGGAAUCUGGACCUUAUCCAGUACGUGAAGGCGAACCGGAUUGUUCGUAUUACAUUCGAACAGGUCUAUGCAGAUUUGGGACAACAUGUAGAUUUAACCACCCUCCUAACAGGAAACUGGCUAUUGCCACGGCAAGGGUGAAAGGCGAGUAUCCAGAAAGAAUAGGACAACCUGAAUGUCAGUAUUACUUAAAAACGGGGACCUGCAAAUACGGAGUCACUUGCAAGUUUCAUCAUCCUAAAGACAAAGCCGGGAUUGCUGGAAGAGUUGCCUUAAAUGUUUUGGGAUACCCUCUUCGCCCGGAUGAAACUGAAUGUGCAUAUUAUUUGAAAAAUGGGAUAUGCAAAUUUGGAAGCACUUGUAAAUUCCAUCAUCCUCAGCCAUCGAAUAUGAUUGUUUCUUUACGUGGUUCUGCUGUAUAUCCUGCUAUUCAUUCUCCAACAAACAGCCAGCUGUCAUAUCCUUUAUCGAGAGCUUCUUUUAUAGCCAGUCCACGGUGGCAAAGCCCUUCAAGUUAUGCACAGCUGGUUAUGCCUCAAGGAAUGGUAUCUGUCCCAGGAUGGAACACUUACACUGGUCAGAUGAGUUCAGUUUUAUCUUCAGAAUUCCAAAAUCCUACAACUGGAAAUGACCAGGAUGAUGGUACAUCGCACCAGGAUGAAACUGGAGGUGUGGGAUCUCAAUUUCAUUCUCGUACCGUACCAAUUGGAAAUUCCGAGCAGACGGACGUUCGCCGGAAAAUUUUCCGGCCAGACACGCGCCCUCACGCGCCGGCGCGUGAGACAGACAACAGAGAGAGCGACGGCGCGUGUCCCACACACGCGCGGAAUCUGCCGGCGAUACUUCACCGGACGGCCGUUCCGGUGAUGGCGAGUCCAACGGGAGAGCCGCUAUGUGUAUUCUAUUCCCGGUAUGGAAUCUGCAAGUUUGGUCCAAGCUGCAAAUUUGACCACCCUAUGAGGGUUUUCUCGUACAAUGCGGCUGCAUCAUCAUCAUCGACUAACUCCCCAGCUGUUCGACAUUUCUUGGCGUCAUCAUCAUCAGGAAAUGUGGCACUAAGUUUCUCAGCAGAUGGGCUUGCAGAAGCUGGCUCCUCAAACAACAGACGAUUAUCUUUGUCUGAGCCUACUAGACAGAAAUCCUCGGGUGACAAUAACAUUGACUCAGAGUGA